AAUCGACCUGAACCUCGUGGUAGAAAACCAAACGAUAAAUUACCUUUAUCAAGAGCAAGAGAAGUUCAACGUGCAUUCAGAUUACGUCGAGCGGAACAUUUAGCAGCAUUAGAAGAACGUAUAGCUUUAUUGGAAAAUGAAAAUUCUCAAUUACGUUCAUUAUUACAAUUACCUCUUGCCGAAAGGGAACGUAUAGGUUCAGGACCUACAGGACGUGGGAAAAGUUUAAAAGAAGGUGGUGUACCAAUGUCAGAAAGAGUUAGAGCUAGGAAAGAAGCUAGAGAUAGGGAAAGACGUGCAAGAGGAUUACCACCUAUAGAAUCAACACCAACACCUACACCUGGACCAGGUGAUGAAAGUGAUAGAAGUAUGUCUGAAGAUAUGAGAAAUUCAAUGACCGUUUCUCCCGACUCGAAUUUAGGUAGUUCUUUACCUAAUUUAUCAAACAUGACUGGAUCUUCUUCUUUAUCCGGUAUGACCAUGGGAAUGGGUCAAUCUCAAUCUCAAUCUCAAUCUCAAUCUCAAAUCCAAACCCAAACCCAACCUCAACCUCAACCUCAGUCCCAACCUCGACCUCAACCUCAGUCUCAACCACAACCACAAACACAUCGAUCAAAUACGAAUAUUGAUCCUCAUUCCUUAACGCCAAAUUCCACUUCACUCACCAACCGAAAUUCCCUUUCUAGCGGAUCGGCUAUAGGAGGAAAUCCAAUGAAUUCAACUAUCGGAAUGACCGUUACUUCUCCAUUAUCUAUCACAUCAUCACCACCUGCUCCUCAACCAGAUUUAUUAGCAAGACUUAAAAGUUGUUGUCAUCUUUCUGAUUCUCACGUCGUGAACGAUCCUGGUCUUUUAACUUUCGCAGCUAGAUUAUGUCAAUCUUUCCCUUGUCAAUUCAAUGGAGUUCAUCCACCUUUAGACUCAACGAGUGGAAAUGGGGAUGGGGAUCAUAUGAUAUUGGAAGAUAGUUGGAGAGCUUUGAGAAGUCAAUUAGAUCCUGGAGGUGCAGGUGGAGCUGAUUCGGAGAAUAGGAUUAAUACGGGUAGAAUGGCAGGUGAAUUAGUCGUUAGGGCAGCUGCUGGAAGAGGACAAGGUGGUUGGGUUUUAUGUAGGUAUAGAGAGGGAAUGAGUGUUAAGAGAAGUUUGGUGGCUAGUUUGAUACAGGGUUUGGGGGGAAAGUUGGAGUGA